AAUUCAAGAAUAAGGUUGAAAAUUUAAUUGGAAGAGACGUUUAGUUUGGAAUCCAGGGGAAAGUUUUUAUGGAAGAGAAAUUCUCUUUGGAUUACUGUUGAAAUUGGUUUGUAAGAGAGCUUCGGUUAGGAGAGAAAUUGUGUUGAGAGUAAGACUGUGCUUGCAAGGUAUUCUGUAGAAGUGAUAUUGUACGGGGAUUAUAUGCUUACCCUGUGUGGACGAAGAAAAGUUCUUUAAGACAACUUGAUUACUUGAGAAGGGCUGAUUGGAAAAUCAGUUACGUGGAGAAAAUUGUGUCGGGAUCUGGGUUGUACUUGAUUUGACUUUGACGACGUACAUUCACCGACAAAAAAAAGAAAUUAGCAAACAGACUUCAUUACUUUAGAGAAGGCUGAUCCCAACGGAAUAGUUAAAUCCUCCGAUACUUCCAAAAAUUGAAAGCUUUAUUGAUCUGCAAUAGGACACACCUGCUUCUCGUCGCUAUUUUGAUGUCAGCUAAUUUUAACACAAACUACGACUCUUGAUAGCCAGGCUAUUCGUACAUCUGACCAUUAAUUUACAAAGAGUUUAACUCAAACCAAAUGAAAAUACCAAAAGUCAAAUAGGAUGAAUUAGUAUGACGUCUGCUUUGAAGAACUCAUGCAGGUGUAGAAAAGGUCAAAGUUCCAUUAAGGUUGUUUCGUUUUGUUUUACAUUUGUAUAUACAGUAUGGGUGUCUUAACUGAGUGGUAUAACUAGACUAUUGAGCAGUGAUAUUAUUCUAGCUGUUUCCUUUGCGAUAAAUAACUAUUUAUACCAGGUAUUACGUUCACGUAUCAAAAAUAGACAAUCCAGAUUAUCCCAUCCUACCUUGCCAUUUCAUUAUCCUCAAGAUGGCUGAUAAAUUGGUCAGAAAAGAUAUCAAAGCAAGCUGGAAAAUGUCAUCGCAGGACAAACAAUUACCAUUUGGCGGAAAGACACAAAAACUACAAAGACCAGAUGUAACGAAUUCCACAGAUACUUCUAUGAAAAUCUCGGAGAAACUACCUGUUGGUCAGUUAUCUACGAAUAGAAAUUUCUUAAGUGGAGGUAGCUAUUUUGCCUCGCAGGAUAAGUUUGGUAUUCACAGUUUGGAUAAUGCUUUUACGGAUGAAAAAUUUAAAAAGUCAAGCAUUUUGGAUAAAUCUGUUGGAUCAAGCCGGGGAUUAUCAAAUAGAGUUAAUGACGUCCCAGAUUUGAUCAGUUCCAAAUCGGUUUCCAGAUCUUUUGCCAGUCAUGAAUUUAGUGCAUUUGAAUAUCAAGAAAGUGAUUCCUCAAAAGUGGAGAAAAUAUCUGGAAGUCUCCAACAAAAAUCCGGAAGUCUCCAACAAAAAUCUGGGAAUCUUCAGCUGAUUGAAGAAAACGUGGCAACUGAAUUUCCCGAAUCUGGGAUAUCGGAAAACGUUGAAAAGGAUUUAACUAGUGGCGGCACGACAGCAACUAAGUUUCUUCAGUUGCCAAGUUACAAGUCAAUGAAAGAUUCACAUGGUUUGCGAUCUAAUUUAAAAUUGUCUGGAUUGGAUGAGCUGGGCUCAAAGACAUCGAAAUUGGUUCGGCAAAAACCAGUCGCACAACCGACACCGACACCAAGCCCAGAACUAAAUUGUGAUUUGAACACCUUCCAGCAUUUGGUGACUGCGUCGUCCACUGAGGGGGGUAUGAGUGAUGUGAAAUGGGAUGGUUCUAGAUCAAAAAAUUCGGGGAUAAUGUUAGCGCAGCGAUCGUUCUCUAACACAGUUGUGGAAAUGUCUAGCAGUAUUCAGAGUCAGAGAAAGUUCAAAAGGUCAUCAAAGGGGCUGCAACGGAAUAGGUCGAUGAGAUUGGAUUUCUUUGAUAAAAGUUUUGAUGUUGAAAAUGGGGGAGCACCUGGUCGCAGCCCGCUUGAAGCAGGAGGUAGUCCGUCCAGUGGCCUGGUACUCAACAACCUGCCCCAGAGAAGAGAGUCGUUUUUAUAUCGAUCAGACAGCGAUUAUGAACUUUCUCCUAAGUCUAUGUCUAGACAUUCGUCGAUGCAAAGUGAAGUGUGA